AUGGAUAAAUCCAAUCUUUUCACACCAUUGAAAAUCGGCAAUGUCAUCGUGAAGCAUCGAAUAGGGAUGGCCCCCUUAACUCGCCUCCGUGCAACAGACGAUCGUGUUCCUCAGCCACUUAUGGCCGAGUACUACAGCCAGCGAGCUGCUGUGCCAGGUACCUUACUGAUUAGUGAGGGCACAUUGAUUUCGCAUGAAUCUUCUGGUGGAUUUGCCAAUGCACCUGGCAUAUGGAACGACAAACAGAUUGAAGGCUGGCGAACAGUCACCGAUAAAGUCCAUGACAAAGGAAGCUUUAUCUUCUGCCAGAUCUUUGCCAUGGGGCGUGCUGCAGAUGAGGAGCUAUCUAAAAAGGAAGGGGUUGAGAUUUUUGGUCCCAGCCCUAUUCCAAUGGAUGAAAUAGCGCCAGUGCCACGCUCUAUGACACUCGAAGAGAUUAAGAAGACAGUCCAAGAUUUCGCAACAGCUGCACAAAAUGCGAUGCUUGCAGGCUUUGACGGUGUGGAAGUUCAUGGUGCAAACGGCUACCUAAUUGAUCAAUUCAAUCAGGAUAAUAGCAAUCAGCGUCAUGAUGAGUACGGCGGGAGUGUCGAAAAUAGAUCCCGCUUCAUAGACGAAGUUAUGAAAGCUGUCGUCGCUGCGAUAGGGCCAGAACGAGUCGGUCUUCGCCUUAGCCCCUGGAGCGUAUUUCAGGGAAUGAAAAUGACGAAUCCAAUUCCGCAAUUUUCAGACAUCAUCAACAGGGCCAGUAGACUGAAUCUGGCUUAUCUUCACCUGGUUGAAUCUCGCAUAUCUGGCAGCAAUGAUUAUGAAGGCUCCGAAACACUGGAGUUUGCUUAUAACCUCUGGAAUAAACCGCUUCUCAUAGCUGGUGGGUUCAAAUUGGACGAUGCCGAGAAGCUAGUCAAUAAGUAUCCGCACAAAGAUAUUGUUGUCAUAUAUGGGAGAUACUUUAUUGCAAACCCAGAUCUGGUGUAUAGGGUCAAAGAAGGAUUGCAAUUUACUGAGUACAAACGCGAGACGUUCUAUACGGUCAAGGAUGCGUUAGGAUAUAUUGAUUAUCCAUUUAGCGCACAGUAUCUUGAAAGCCUGAAUGCUGAGGCUUCUCCAGCAUAA